AUCCAAAAUCCCAUUUCUUAGUGAAGAUGAUGGGAAGAAAAGGAAAGGGGUCUACAAUGGCCUCUCUCAUUACCACUCUUCUAGUGGCAAUAGUGUCUCUUACUUUGCCGUCACAAACCACAGCAAACUACCAUUACUCAUCUCCUCCACCACCUCCUAAGAAGUCACCAAUACCUCCUUACCAUUACAAAUCACCACCACCACCUCCUCCUCCCCCAGUGCACUCACCACCACCACCAGUUUACAAAUACAAGUCUCCACCACCACCACCGCCGAUUUACAAGUACAAGUCCCCACCACCUCCUCCUCCAGUUCACAAAUCCCCUCCACAUCCACCCAAGAAACCCUACAAAUAUAAGUCUCCUCCUCCACGACCUCCAGUUUACAAGUCUCCACCGCCACCCAAGAAACCCUACAAGUACAAGUCUCCACCGCCACCACCACCACCAGUGUACAAGUCUCCCCCACCUCCUCAUCCAGUUUACAAGUCUCCACCACCACCAACACCAAAGAAGCCCUACAAGUAUAAGUCCCCUCCACCACCUCCUCCAGUUUACAAGUCUCCACCACCACCAACACCCAAGAAACCCUACAAGUACAAGUCUCCACCACCACCACCAGUUCACAAGUCUCCUCCGCCAGUUUACAAGUCUCCACCACCACCAACACCAAAGAAGCCUUACAAGUACAAGUCUCCUCCACCACCUACUCCUGUUUACAAGUCUCCACCACCACCAACACCUAAGAAACCCUACAAGUACAAGUCUCCACCACCACCACCAAUUUACAAGUCUCCUCCACCACCUCCACCAAUUUACAAGUCUCCACCACCACCACCACCCAAGGAGCCCUACAAGUACAAGUCUCCUCCUCCUCCUCCAGUUUACAAAUAUAAGUCCCCACCACCGCCGCCACCGGUGUAUAAGUCUCCACCCCACCAUUACCAUUAUAGUUCACCUCCUCCUCCUCACCACUACUAAUGUAAGGUAAAGAGAAUAUAUAUCAAAAUAAAGGAAGUAUUGCUGCUUUAGAUCAGAAAGAAAAGAAGUGGCGCGAAGAACCAAAGAUGGGUUUGAUUAUAUAUUUUCAUGUAUUGAUCAUGGACCUCAUGGUAGUAGUUGUGAAUAGGUCCAUGCAUAUUUUUAUGUAUUAGACCAAUUAAUGAGUAUGUAUGUGUACGAAGGUUUUGACCUCUAGACACGUUCUGAGGUCAUUUAUAUAAUAAAAUAAAUAUAUUCCUCAUA